GAAAUACUUCUAUGAACUUGCUAUUCAAUGAAAUGCAUUCCUUACAUUUCAUUGUCUCAAUCUGAGCUUCACAAUAUGCGGUGUGCACAUUUCCUAAAGCGUCAUUGCUGGUACUCGAUCUUUUCUUUCACCACGUUAUGUCCAUUUGGUGAUUUAUUUAUCUGCUAUGAUAAACUUCAAGCUGCAUUUAUUAGAGACGAAGAAGCCGACGAACAUCAAUCUUCCAGGCCAAUUAUCACACAAUAAAACACUACGAAAGUCAUGGCCGAUGUAGUAAUGAAGGAUGCACCAGCUGCGGCUGCGGCUGCAGGUGCUGCCGCUUUGCAACGACUAGCUGGAGGAGGAGCUGUUGAAAGGAAAGCUCCUGGAACUAUAGGUCCUGCCCCUAAAGGAUCAAGUGGUCUAGCUCGAGGAGCAAUACAACGGACGAAAUUCUCGGAAGCAUAUCGUUCCAUCUUCACACUCAAUCAACCAGAUCUCAUUCCACUUUUUAGACAUGUCAAUUGCAACUAUUUGUCUACCAAAGGCCACUCACCUACAGUUUUGGAAUUGAAACAACAUGCACAAGCAUUGGUGAUUCUCCUCAAGCAAAUCACGCUUUCCACGCACGCGGGAACCAUCGAUAGUAAAAACCAAAAAGCCAUUACCAGUCUUGGGGAAACCCCGAGCUUUAAUGAAAAUGAAUCCUUCGAUUUUCUCAAUGAUUUGAAUAAUGUCUAUGAGAAUAAUACAGUUCAUCACAAUCUUCCACUUCCCACUCUACUCAAUACAUUGGAACCUCAGUAUGUCGAACCGGGAACAAUGGUAAAUCCAGGUCAACCAGAUCAUUUCGUCGAUAUUGACGUCUGUCCAUUACAUCAAGUGGAUCCGACUCCUGUUGACGGUCCAUCGCUUCCAUAUGCUACUCAUGAAGCGCUUCUCAAACACGCAAAUGAAGUCCUCGAACUAAUCGACCAUGAAUAUAGCGCCAAGGGAGGUCUACUGGGUGUUCUUCCUCACGAAGAUGAUGACAACAAUCGACCCCUAGCAGAAACAACUCUCCUUGGUCAAAUGAUACUUUACAUUCAACGACUUGUCGCACGCCUCCAUAACCUCGAACGUCUUCACGCGAACGCCAUGGAUGUAAUGAAAGGUGAAGCCGUCGUCCCUCACCAAGCACUUUCUCGCGUAGGACCCGAUGGACGCAGCGGCCGCGAGCUCGUCUACCCACAAGAUCGCUUCGUACUCGUUAACUCCGGCGACGACAUCUGGCAAUUUCUCAAUGACGAAUUUGAAAAGAAAGAACGAGUCGACGAACAAGUCCGCGCAAACCAUCUUCGUCUCGGCGUUGAAGGCGAACGUCUUUGGGAAAAGAAAGGCGGAAAAGAAUAUUCCCGUGGUAUUACCGCCAUCGAUGUUAUAACCCGCUAUUAUCGACUCCGCAACGACUCUCUGAAAACUAUCUUCGUAAUCCCCGCGCAUGCCGAGCAUCCUGGUGUCAAAGUAACCCGCGACAUGGAACGCAACCCCACUGUCGUCAGCGUCGUCAAACCAGUCUGGCCUGAACGUGUCUCUGUCUGGGAAAAGAAAACCCGUGACGAUUUGGACGAGUUACGUCAACUCCGUCGGGACAAUGCAUCUCUACGCGAAGCCGCUGAAGUCGCAGACACCGAACGCACAUAUCUCCUCAACGAAGUCAAGCUCCAACGCUCCCACGUCUACAACGCGAAGGAAAAAUGGAAACAAUUCACCGAAGGUCCCGACUUCCACGAACAAGCCAUCGAGCUGCAAACUGGACGCGAAACCCUUAUUGAAGAACGCGAGAAACUCGAAGCCCAACGCGAACAGCUCGAUACCCGGGCUGCCGAUCUCGAGACUCGAUCCCAAGAACUCACUUCGCGCGAACAAACGCUUGCGAAUAUUCGGGCGGCAGACGCACGUCAAUUUGAAGCUCGUCGCGCCACGCUCGAGAAUAUAUAUAAACAGCGCUUGAUUGAUCUAGAGAAUGAUCGAUUGGCCGCGGUCGAGAAUGGAACGAGAUUGGCGGAUGAGUUCCAGAAGGCCUGGACGGAACAAUUGGAGAAUACGCAGACGCUGGUGGAUUUCUUGAAUAGCGAUCGUGCGAAGAGUUUGCUGGCGGAGAAUCUCAUCCCGGAUGAUAUUGGGAGGAGGGGCGUGAGGGGCGCGCAGGAGGUGGUGCAGAGGGUUUUGGAGAAGUUGUCGAAUCCGCAGGGGGAGAGGGACAUGGGAAGGUAGUGGAUUUUUAUUGAAUUGUACGGUAGCUUUGAUUAUCUUUAUGCUCUCUGUUUUUUUUUUUUUUUUUUUGCGGAGAGCCAAGUGAGUAGAGUAGCUAAGGUAGAUAGGCGAGUAACUAAUUCAUUUGAUGGCUUGUAUGUAUGGAUGUUUGAAUGGUUGUUUGUAUGUACGUAUGUAUGUAUUCAUGAACGUGUUGGCAAUAGUAGUCA